AUGUUUGAAGAGAAACUUCUCAUCGGUGUGGCUUCGGCCUUCUCCACUCUGGCCAUCGCUGCUUGCCUGAUAGUAGUUCCGUCUCUCUACAACACCAUCAAUGAGAUGCACGACGCGGUCCUCGAUGGAGUAACUGUAUUCCGUGCCGAGACUGACGCUGCUUGGGGCCAGAUGAUGGACUUCCAAGUGUCCGUCGCUCCUCCAGCCAAGCCUCGUGAGAAUCCCUUCAAAUCCAUCUUCCGUAGCAAGAGGCAGGCAGGUCUCCCUUCUUUCUGCCAGUGCACGCCACCAAGAGCGACAUGCCCGCCUGGACCUCCUGGACCCCCUGGACGACCUGGAGCACCAGGACAGCCAGGAGCACCAGGACAGCCUGGCAAUGACGCAACUACCACUUAUGCUCCAAUCAAUUGCCCAAGCCUGGAGCUCCAGGAAACAGGGGACCUAAUGGGACAGCCUGGACGUCCCGGAGGACCCGGUAAUGCUGGCCGUCCAGGUCCCGCUGGACCUCCUGGAGACGCUGGAGCACCAGGAAGACCUGGAUCCGCAGGUCAGCCUGGACCAGCCGGGAGACCUGGCACAACUGGAAGAGGUACGCCAGGAAGACCAGGACCAGCAGGAGGUAUCGGAGCUCCUGGAAGGGCUGGAGGUCCUGGAAGAGCUGGAUCUCCAGGAAACGCUGGUCGCCCUGGACCUGCUGGGCAGCCUGGAGGACGUGGGCAGCCCGGAAGAGACGGUCGUCCCGGAAACCGUGGAAACCCAGCACGUCCAGGAGGUGACGCCGCUUACUGCCCAUGUCCACCCAGCUAUAAUCGCCGUGUUCGUGUCUAA